AUGAAUAUUGGUCCAACAGUACUGUUGGAAAACAACAACAACAGCAACAACCCUACAACAAGAACACGUGAUAUACCUUCAAUGUCAACAUCACUACAAAGUAAUCUGACUGAAAUGAAAACUGGCCUAUCACCACAGUCUUCAUGUUUAUCUGGUGGCCUUUAUUCCAAUUGUUCAAUGCUCAACAUACUGGAUCAGUCUAGAUGUCAGAGACAACUGUCGCCUGUACUAACCUGUAUUAAUGAUGAUAAGAAUAAGGAUGCUCUUUCCACCUGUAGACUAACGAAUCAUUAUAAAAGAAGUGAUAUCAGUUAUGGAAGUGAUACAUUAUUGUUUAAUAAAGACAAUAGCGACAUGUUUUCAGGUCAGCAAUUGAUAAAUCAUAAUUCAGCGCAACACUUGAGAUUGAUUCACCCAACGACAACGACAGCGACGGCGGCAACAACCACAACAACAACAAUAACAAUGAAGGAAGACGAUGGGGAAGUGGGAGAGGAAACGGUGGAUUGUAUUACAACAAGACGAAGAUUACCUCCAUUAGGUAGAAGUGACAGUGGUGAAACAGGCUUCCAGUUCAUCUGCAAUGAGAAAAGCCAACUGAGUGAUAUUAAGACACCUAUAAUUAAAAUUAGUAAUGACGAUAGUAGUAAUAUGAUCGAAUUUAAAAUUAUUGAUCAUGUCAGGCAUGGUAAAUCGGAAGAGAAUACUUCAACAGGAUUGGAUAGACAUCAGUGCAGCAGUGUUGACAGUGAAUACAAUGACAAAACUAAAACAGCCUGUCCAGGAUCUUCAUAUUCCAGUUUAUAUGAUCCAAAUGAAGAGAAAAUAGUAUGUCAAUAUUGUCAUAAUCGUCUACCGAGUUGUACACACCAGUUGAACUUAACCCCACUGAAGAGAGAUACACACUACAAUUCCCCAUCACUUUCAGCAUCAUUUUCUCCUCAUAUUGAAGAUCGACUGAAUGUCGUCAACUCAUUGUCAUCAUCAAGGAAUAAAACUGAAUCGCAUGCAUCACUUUCUUCUAAUCCUCACAAAUCGACUAGUCAUAAUCAAUAUUUUGAUAAAAAUAAUAAUAGUAGUAGUAAUAAUAAUAAUUCUUGUGUUGAAAAUAUGCACAUUGUAACAUCGAGUCAAUAUUCAAUUACUUAUAUUACAAAUAUCCAGUGUUCUCAAUCAUUCUGCGCACAUUCUGAAUUGAAAAGACAAAAUCUCGCCUGUAAUGUGAUCACUACUAGUACUAAUAGUACUGCUGACAAUAAUGAUAUUAAUCUCCCCAAUAAUAGUAAUAAUAAUAAUAAUCAUUUACGAAACAAGUGCGAUACAAAUAUGAAUGCUCAUGCUGGUUCAGAGUCCUAUUUCGACACAAGUAAAUUUGUCUCACGGAACAUUUGGGUGCAUAAUAAUACUAAUAAUAAUAAUAACAGUAGUAAUAAUGAUAAUAAUAAAUUCGCACCGAAUAUGAAAACAGACAGAUCCUAUUCUGAUUCAAUGGCUGGAACAUUUCAGCGGAUAUCAUUGUAUUUUACAAAUGAUAAUUCCAAUCCCAGUACUAGUAAUAAUGGCGGCGGCGCGGGUGGUGGUGCUAGAAGUAAUAGUAACAAUAGUAAUAAUAAUAGUAAUAUUUUUUCUAAUUCCCCGAAAGACAAACAAUACAUAAAAGCAAAUAUUUACAGUAGCAUCCCAGGUAGCUCAAUACUACGUGGUGCAUUGAGAACGUCAAUAUCGGAAGCCACUUAUCGAUCUAGCGGUAAUCGUGGCAUGCGUAAAGUCAAUCAACAACAACAACGUACAGUCUCAGUACCGACAGUUUCGACGAAUUCAUGUCAGACAUCAUUAAUACCAACAAAUAAAACUACUAAUUCAGAUGGCCACUUUGAAACAAUCACUGAGGAUAAAAAUACUGCAGCGGAGAUAACAGUUGCUAAUGAGCUGACAACACGACGUAGUAUCAAUUCAAAUAAUGCAAGUCAGAUUAUUUCAGAUCCUCGGUCAAGGACAUGUUGUUUCUGUUGGUGUUGUUGUUGUUCUUGUUCAUGUAUGCGUGUACGCACAAACCUUGGUGAAUCAAAAAGACCCUCAGCUUCAAACGAUCCACAAUCGACAAUAGAUGGUCCAGUUGGUGAUGAAAAAAUUACACUAGAAGAAUUAAGAAAAUGGGCAGAAUCAUUUGAUAUAUUAAUGCGAAGUUCAUGUGGUCAAAAAACAUUCCGUGAAUUCCUACGAUCAGAAUAUAGUGAAGAGAAUAUUAUGUUUUGGCUUGCCUGUGAAGAUAUACGAAAAGAGAAUAAUCCAGAAAUUGUUGAAGAAAAAGCUCGUAUCAUUUAUGAAGAUUUUAUUUCAAUCUUAUCACCACGUGAAGUUAGUUUAGACUCACGUGUACGUGAAAUAAUCAAUGCCAAUAUGAUUGAACCAACACCGCAUAUAUUCGAUGAAGCUCAAUUACAAAUUUACACAUUAAUGCAUAGAGAUUCAUAUCCACGAUUUAUCAAUUCAAAACUUUAUAAAGAUAUGCUACAAGAAGCUAAAGAUGCACAAACUUGA